CGUGCGCAUAAGACAUCCCUGUUGCUAUGGCGGCUGCUGCCAUCCCAGUGCUGCUGGGUCUCCGAGAUGCCGAGAUGAGGAGCAGCUUUGAGGAGCCCCAGAAUAGGGCCUGGGCUGUUAAUAAAAUAGGAGGCAUCCCGGACAGCCUGCCCGCAGUCCCCGCCCCCCGGCCAGGCUGCGGGCGCUGCGGGGCUGCGAUGGCGCACGUCGUCCAGGUCUACUGUCCCCUGGAAGGCUCGCCUUUCCACCGCCUGAUGCACGUGUUCUCCUGUGUCCAGUCGACUUGCGUGGGCCAGCCGAACAGCUGGAAGGUGUUUCGCUCCCAGUUUUUGCAGAGGCAAGAGGACUACGCCCAGGAUUCCACACGAAAGGAGAAGGAGGAGAAUAACUUUGCAGUUAAAGAGUGGUGUGAAGGAGCAGAGGACUGGGGAGAUGACAGUGAAAGUGAUCUUGCACCAUGGAACACUAGUGAUCUGCUUGACUCAAGUGUAGGAGAUAAUUUUAAUGCAGAUGAAGACAUAGAAUGUAUGUCCCAACUCCAAGAACUCUCACUAGAUGAAGCUUUAAGUGACUCUUGUUCCUUUGGCCAUGCAAUAUCAGCUGGAGAAGAACAUGUACUACCCAGCUCAUCAGUUCCUGUGUUUCAGCCCUACUAUAUCAGUGUUGUGGAUGAGGAAGAUUAUACUAACUCUGUUGAUACAAAUCAUGCCCAAAAACUUCUGCAGGAGUAUAGACAAAGGGAGGGAGUUGAAUUGGAACUAAUGAUAGCUCAAAGUUUUAUUUUUGACAACGGCGAAAAAUACGAGAAGGCUGUUUCUAAAAAUAAUGAUAAAAUGUUUUAUAAAUUUAUGAAAAGAAUAUCUGCCUGCCGUGAACAGAUUCUGAGGUACUCUUGGAAUGGGCAGCCUCUUUUUAUAACUUGUCCUUCAUCGGAUGCCACUGAGAUUCCAUCCUGCAGUAACUGUGGGAGCUGCAGAGUAUUUGAGUUUCAGCUUAUGCCUGCAUUGGUCAGCAUGCUUAAAAAUACUCUGUUAGAUAUCUCUGUUGAAUUUGGAACAGUUUUAAUAUAUACUUGCCAGAAGAGUUGUUGGCCUGAUAAUCAUCAAAAUCCAAUGGAAGAGUUUUGUGUUAUACAAGAAGAUCCAGAUCAAAUGUUAUUUAAAUAGAAUAUUUCCUUUUUCUUGUGUAAAUAAAAUUUAAUUUUUAAACUAGCAAAAGCACUGGUGUUAAAAAGAUCGGUUUUUGUGGCAGUGGCUAUCUGGGGAUCAUUAAAAGCAUUGUGCAAUUUCUCAAAUGUAAUUCAGCUCAAUUUUCUCCUAUUCAUUUAUUGCCCCCAGAACUAAUUUUCUCUUAAGAAUGGUAUAUUGCUGUAAAACAAAGAAUACUAGAGUCUCAAAAGAAUCAGAAUUGUAUAAGACCCUAAGCAAUGAAAAAACACAUGGUGUGUAUAUAAAGUGGUAUAAUUACAUUGGCAUGUAUUUGAGAAAUACCAUAAAAAAAUAAUCAAGCACUUGUAUUACUGGAAAUGGAGGUAGGCUGGUUAUACCUCCAGAUUAUAACAGUAACAGAGAAAGUUCCAGCACAUUGAGUAGAUACUUUCUGGAGAAUUUAUAGAAGGACAUAGAUAAGAACCAGUUGGGAAGGGAAAACUGGUGGAGGAGCAAUGGGGACUAUUUUGCAAUUUUCUUUGCUGGGAGUGGGGUAAAUUCAUCUUUGACAUUAAGUAGAAGAAACUUUCCUCCACCCCUUCUUUAAUUCCACAGAGGUUAUUUUCUUUCUCCAUGAAAAACCUAAUUUAAAAAUUAAUUGGAGGAGAUAGAUGACAGUACUUGUAACCUUGUAACAUACAUAAUAUGUAUAUAUAUAUAUGUGUGUGUGUAUUAUAUAUAUAUACAUAUAUAUAUAUAUAAAUUAUCUUACACACAUUUCCAAAAUUAGUCUUGUAAAAGGAGAAUCAGAACAAAAGGGAAAACCACAAGAAAGAAAAAAAUAACAAAGUAUAUAUACACAUACACACAUUCAAAAUCAAUGCUACAUAAUUUGUGUAUUGAUUUUUUUUGUGUGGGGCAAUGAGGGUUAAGUGACUUGCCUAGGGUCACACAUCUAGUGUCAAGUGUUUGAGGCCAGAUUUGAACUCAGGUCCUGAAUCCAGGGCCAGUGCUUUAUCCACUGUGCCACCUAGCUGCCCCUCUCAAUGGUACAUAAUUUGGCAGGAAAGGCACUAUUGAAGUUUUUUUUCUGGAUGUGGAGAGCAUUUUCCAUCAUAUCUUUUGGAAUUGCCUUGGAUCACUGUAUUGUUGAGAGGAGUUAAAUCUUUCACAGUUGACCAUCAUUACAAUACUGCUGUUACUGUGUACAAUGUUCUGGUUCUGCUCAAUUUGUAACUUUUACAAUACAUACUAGUGUAUUAAUUCAUAAAAACAGAAGAAAUGUGAUCCUUAGUCAAACUGUGUUUCUGGGUUAAUUGGGGUUCCUGUCUCUAGGUGUCAAGGAAUGCACGAGUGGUGCUGUUAGGUGCCCUCCCUGUCAAACUACCUUUUAUUUUUAUUUUAAAUUUAUUUUCUGUAUACUUAGAUAAAGUAUGCUGAAAUAUUGUGUAUGGUCAUCACAAAUUGCACAUGCUUAUACAAAAAAAUUAUUUUGAAUUGCUUAACCCUUUAAAAUGUGAGCUUUUAAGUAGAGGGGAUUUUACUGGGUACCUGGCACUCAAUAAAUAUUAAUUGAUUGGUAUAUUACCCUAAAACCUUUCGUUAUAAUAUUGUAGAAAGAAAACUGGAUUUCAGAGCAGACUUUGGUUCAAAUAAGGGCUCUGCUGCCUUCUAAGGUUAUUGAUGUUGACUUAAGAGCUUUAAAUUCCUCAUGAAUAAAA